AUGGCAGCAAAAUCCGUGUUCCAUUUUCUUAUUGCCGUCGUCAUCCUCGUGUCAGCCUUCUUGACACUCGUGGAUGGCACGUCUGAUAUGUGGAAGCUCUCGGAAAUCUUUUCCCGCCGCCAGGCCAGCUGGCAGCUGAUCGCAAGCGAAAAGAGGCAAGCAGACCUGGCCAAAAUACCGCCGGAAUGGAUUUUAGAGCCUCAGUUAUUGGAAGACGGAAGGACUCGCCUCAGCAUUGUUGGUGAUUACAUAGAGAAUCUGCUGGACGAUAAAGCCCGAUACAUCACUGAGAUGGAUGUUCCUGAGCUUGUAGCUAGGAUGAAGGACGGACUUCUCACCGCGGUGGACGUGGUGACGGCAUUCUGCAAGAGGGCUGCCUAUGCUCAUCAAUUAAGCAAUCUUCUGCUUGAAAUUAGAUUCGAUGAAGCCAUCAAGCGAGCCCAGGAGCUCGACGCCUACUUCGAAAAGCAUAAGCGCCUUCUUGGCCCGCUACAUGGCAUUCCCGUUACCCUCAAGGACCAGUUUCACAUCAAGGGACUCGAUACAUCCAUGGGGUUCAUUGGCUGGAUCGGUACUUUUGAAGGAGAAAAAGGUACGGGGAAAGAACGAAAUGUCGAGAGCGAGCUUAUACGAGAGCUCAACAUACUUGGCGCUGUUCCCAUUGGAAAGACGACAUUAAUGCAGAGUCUCUGGGCCCCUGAGACGAAUAACAACAUUCUCGGAUAUGCAUUCAAUCCCUACAAUCGAAACCUCUCGACGGGCGGCUCAUCAGGAGGCGAGGGCGCUAUGCAAGCAUUGAGGGGAAGCGCAUUUGGCUUUGGAACUGAUAUUGGGGGAUCCGUAUCAAUGCCGGCUUCGUUCCAGGGCCUUUUCAGCAUCAAGCCCUCAGCAGGGCGGAUAUCCUUCAAGGAUACAGCAAACACUGGAGAAGGACAGGAAGUAAUGCCAACCGUGGUUGGGAUCAUGGGCCACUCAGUCGAUGCACUCCAAAUGAUCAUAAAGUCGCUUCUCUCUUCAGAACCGUGGCUUCACGACCCUUACGCUCUUCCGAUUCCAUGGAGAUCUGAAAAGGAAUAUAAUCCGCGGAAUGAGCUGGGAUACAAGCCCGCUUUCGGGUACUUGGCCAAUGACGGUGUGCUUACCCCCCAUCCUCCUGUUUCGCGUGCUAUGGAGAUAGUAAAAGAGGCAUUGGCAAACAAAGGACAUCAGGUUUGUCACUCUCGUGAUGGUGUCGAGGUAUGCUAA